AUGAGGCUCGCUCUGAAGGCUGGGGGCACCUCUCGCUUGUCAAGCCUCGGAAAGGGGCGGAGGAGGUCCUUCAGUACUAACUAUGGAAAGGGCCUCAAAACAGGCAUGACAUUCUCUAUCAUGAGCUGGCCACCAUACAACGCCUUUGGCAACCCCACCACAAUAGUAGGAAACGAGUAA